AUGGAUAAAAGUAUAAAUCAAAAGCAAAAUUAUAAUGGAUCUAUUGGAGAGAAUCAAAAAGAUGAAGAGUACAAAAUAAAUAAUCAGAGUCAAAAAAUAAAAGAUUCUGGAUCAAAUUAUAGAUUGAAAUCAAAUAAUUCAAAUCAAAGGGCUCAUUCCCGAUCUCGUUCACCAUUUAGAAGUCCUAAACAUUGGAUAAGUUCUAAUGCUUUUAUAAACUUUGUACAGGAUUUCAGACAAAAUUUUGCUGGUGUCAGAAGCACAAAAAUAUUUCAAAUGGCUGGUGAAAGAUGGAAGAAAAUGUCUUUUGAAGAAAAACAGCCAUAUAUAAAGGCAGCUAUGAAUAUUAAAAAUAAAAAGCAAAAUCAACAAGAAAUUGAAAACACAAAUAAUGUUAUCAAUACAAAUACAGAACAACCAAAGAAUGAAAACGCACAGAAACAAGAAAAACCUAACAAGAAAGAAAAAAAGAAAGGGGAAGCAAACAAAUCUACUAGGGAUAAAAGCAAUACAGAAUCAGAUAACGAAUCAAUUUCUUCUAAUACAACUGCCACGAAUACAAGUGAAGACAUAUCAGAUAUGAGUUCAUAAGUAUAAGACAGCCAGUUAUAUAAAUGUGAUUGUAUUUAUAACCAAUUGCUAUUUUAAUAACUUUUUUUUAUUGUGUAAUUUGUUUAAUAAUUGUAUAACAGUCAGAUUUUUUAUAUUGUAAAAGUAAUUUCUUCUAUGAUUUUUGUUAUAUUAACCCCUAUUCUGUAAACUGAGAUCUUGAGCAAAUUUAAAGAUCUUUCUUAAACUAAUAAUAGACCAGCAAUAAUAAUUACUAUAUAAAUUUUUUAUUCUAAUUAUUAAAUUUUCAAUUUAAAAGAUCUAGAAAUACUAUAUGGACUUUUCCAGAUUUAUUUCAAAGAUUUUUACAAAUUGAAGAAUCUGACAUAAAAGAUUCUUGUUUAGAGUCUGUAGUAAAAAUAAAUGUAAAAAUAUUUACAGAGUAAAGGUUAA